GCCACCGGACCGCCGUUUGUUUUGACGUUAACAGCGGUAGUCCACAAGUCUCGCAAACGAAUACGACAUUAUUCAACAUGAAUGAAAACACAACAUGACUAUUGUGUAAACUGGAAUGGAAGCCGACGAGCUUUCGGCCUUCCGAGAGCACUGGAAACAUGAAUUAAAGACCGAGAAAUGCAGUAAAGACAAAGUGGGAUAUUUUGGACACCACAGUAAGGACAGUCCAUCUGAUCAAAACACAAGCUACUGGCAGAAACAGACUCAACCCAGGCCCAAAGAUCAGCCGCAGUAUGUGUCCAUCGCCGAGGGUUUGUUGGACGGCAGAACCAGUCCGCUGCUGGACAGGAUCAAGGAGGAGAGAACGCGCAGGAAGCGCGCACCCGAGAGCGAUGCGAUCAACAAAGGCGCGCCUCCCAAAAAAGUCAGCGGCUCAUGCCAUAAACUGCUUGAGCAGUUCAUUCAGGAUUUGAAUGAAGUGAAUGACAUCCCGUUCUUUGAUGUGGAGUUGCCCUAUGAACUGGCACUGAAGAUUUUCCAGUUUCUGAGCAGAACAGACCUGGGCCGAUGUGCUCAGGUUAGUAAAUCCUGGAAGGUUUUGGCUGAGGAUGAGGUGUUGUGGCACAGGUUGUGUCUGAAGGAAGGUUUUCACAGCGGGGCAAGUAUCUCUGACUCCCCCUGCUGGAAGAGCACGCUCAGGGACGCAUGCAACACUGAGAACACCGUGAAAUCGAACUGGAAGAAUCGUGUUGGGUCUAUUCGCAACCUACAGUACGAGUUAGGAAAAGUGUUGUGUGAUGUCAGUUCCUGUGCUGGGCUUGUUAUAGCUGGCUACACCUCUGGUGAUGUCCGUCUGUGGGACACACUUCACUGGGACACGUCUUACCUGCGCUCCACGCACUCCAUCAGAAACGAGAGUCCAGCGCCUCACAUCAGUCUUGUACGCAUCAAUAAAACCAUAGCCACAGCUGCUUAUGAGAACGGUGGUGUAGAUGUUUGGAGCACUGAAACCGGUCUUGAACCCAUUCAUCAGUACCAGCACCUACAGAGGGUUCAUGCUCUGGAUCUAAGCCCAGACUGUCCAGCAUUGGCCUCUGCAUCAGGACCAGAGGUUCGCCUGGACUCCACAGAUGAGCAGGGCUACUGGAGAUCACAAUGUCUCAUUCAGCUACCCAAACCUGUAGAUGGAGUGCUGGUGGUGCCAGGGAGGCGGGACUUCCCUUUGGUCACGGCGUGGGCAGGUGAAAGUGUUUACUUGUUGGAUUCCAGACGGAAGGAAGAGGAACCAAAUGUUCUUCAUUUUGUGUACGGCCACCCGGUCACCUGUGUAGAUGUGACGGCCUCCAAAGCUGCUCUGGGGGUCAAGAGCUGUGGAUGGGGGAUGAAUGAUGGCGGCAACAAGAUUCAGGUGUACAGCCUGGAGACCAGCCAGUCGGAGAUAACCGUGGGGAACUCGGCGGGGGACUUCACCUGCGUCAACCUGCGAGACAGCCCCCCUCACCUGCUGGUGUGUGGAAACAAAGACAGGCGUGUGAGAGUGUUUGACUUGCGUACCGGCUCCUCAGUUGUGUCUCUAUAUGCCCAUCACAUGGGCGUGACCACCGUCCAGGCAGAUGAUUGGAAGAUUGUCAGUGGUGGUGCUGAGGGAUUGGUCAGUGUGUGGGAGAUGAGGAUAGGAGCCAAACUCUGGGAAAUGCACAACAGGCACCCAGUUCGACAUAUAGAGUUUAACGGCAGCACUCUAGUGACGGCUAACAUCCCUGAUGAGAAGCAGCCUCGUGGGGCUUGUAUCACAGACGAUGACCUCACCGCUCACCGACGACACAGGGGACUGAUCUGUCACUAUGAUUUCUCUAUGGACUCGUCGGCACCGGAUCAUGUUCUGCCCAUCUGCAGGUCAAACUACAUCGAGUCGUCCGGUUACAACUUUAACAUUGGCUUGGCCAUGCCUUAUGAUAUAUUGAGUGGCCCUUAGGCUGGCAUCUGUUUUGCAGUUCUUUCGGGUCAGGCUUCACAGAGAAAACAUAUUUUGAUGUUUGCUGAAAAGUAAUUCAAGUCAUACUUUGUAAAGUCGUCUGAAUUUGGAUGACCCAGUUUUAUAUGGAUGAUUUUUUUCUCUGCUGAAUUUACGGCCUAAUUGUUUCUUUCCAAAAAUCACUUUCGUUUCCAUAAAUCUUUGUUUUAAAUUAGGUUUCGUGUUUGCACAUUUGCUGUAGUAUAAGAAUAUGAGAUGUAUAUAUUUGUUGUUUUGAACAACAAUAAUUUGUGUAAUACAUACUUUUGAGCAUAAAUUAAAGCAUACUUAAAUGCUUUGAGUACCACGUUACACACCCCCUAAUAUGUAUUAAAAUAUAACACUCAUAAUAAAUACAUAUUUGUCAAAAAGAUUGCAUUUUAUUGUAAUGAAACGGUUGGCCAGUCAGAUAAAGUGAACCAGCUGAACAAGCGCAACGUAAGAAUAGCUCCUUUUUUUUGUUCUAGAGUUCAG